AUGAGCCAGCUUUCGAACGAGAGAGUGGUAGAUUCUGAUUCUGAUCUUUCCGAUCAGGAAUUCUUUAGUUUUAAUCCACCAAGGGGAUUCAAGAAGGUGAAGAAAAUAGAAAAUAUAGAAAAGCUUUCGCCAAAGAAUUUGAAAAAUAAAGAAAUCUGGUUGAUUCAGGUGCCUUCAGACUUCAACAUCAAAAAACUCAAAAAGCUUCCAGUAAAUCUUGGAGUUGGUCGAACGACUGAGUUUAAGGUGAAAGAUACCGAAUAUGCAUUAAACGAAGACCUCGCGGCAGCGGAGCAUAACGUUUUAAAGAAAAGAUACAAGAUCAUGAGCGCACAAAACGAAAAAUCACUUCAACCUGUUUCCAAAUUGGAGAUCUCCAGAUUCUACAGUGUAUCGGAGAAGGUGAGAAUUCCAGAGAUUGACCAUGGCAAGGUAGUGACUCAAAGACGUGACGUGGAGCAACAUGCCGACUUAAGAAUGAGACAUUUUCCAACGGGAUACGGAAAAGAUAACUAUGAGGAGGCUAAAAGGGAGGAUAAGCCUGUUGCCACACCUCACAAGAGAAAAAGCGAGGAUUUCUCAAAGAAGGAGAAAAAACAUAAAAAGGACAAAAAAAAGAAGGACGCCGAAGAUUAG